AUGCCCCUGCGCACGUUGCCUGCCCUGGAGGUGGCUGCCAUCAGCGAGACAGCUGCAGUCAGCGAGGUUAUCGGGUUAUCGAUGCUAGCAAUGUCAGCGCUGCCCCCAUCAUUCCGCUGGAAGGCCGAUGCCCACACCAUCAAGGACUUGCUCACAGAGUUUUGCAUUGCGGAGGGCGUGCGGUACAUGCAGGGCCUGCACGAGGUUGCCGCCGUGUUCGCAUACAUCGAGGCAGUCCGCAGUCCGGGUCUGCGUGGCAAGCCACAGUGCCCGACGACCUUGGAAUGCUUCAAGAUGUUCACCCGGAACUUCAUGCCGUGUUUCUAUGACGGGGAAGGUUUCGUGAUCCUGCACAUCACGCUGCUGUUUUUCCGUCAGCUUUUGCUGUAUCAUCUUCCGCACUUGCACAAUCAGCUGGAAGAAGCUGGGGUUGCUCCCGUAGUGUAUGCCACACCAUGGUUCAUCACAUUGUUUGCCUACAAGACGCCGCUGCAAGUCUUGCUCAGGCUUUGGCAUCGCUACAUACAUCGAGGGGAUCCUACUUUUGUGCCUUUUCUUGCGGUCGCUGUAAUGGAGCUUGAAAAGCAAGCCUUCCUUGAUGCGGAGGAGGAUGAUCUGAAUUUUGCCGUGGACCGCACCACCAUAACUUCGGUGGAGAAGCUGCAGGACGUGUGGGCUGCAGCAGAAAGCUUGCACGUCCGGGGCUCUUCUCCGCCGCUGCUGCCCUUGUGUCAUCAGGCGCAGCUUGUGUGA